UCACUCUUCAAUUUUUCCAUCAUUUCAAAUUCUCGAAGCAAGUUCUCAUCGACGCUGCAAUUCAAUUCCCCAGCUACAGUUCUCUGAAAGCAUCGGAGCCAUGGUUGUUGCCCAGAAAUUGAAGGAAGCCGAGAUAACUGAGCAGGACUCGCUCCUUUUGACGAGAAACCUGCUACGCAUUGCCAUAUUCAAUAUUAGUUACAUCAGAGGACUUUUUCCGGAAAAAUAUUUCAACGAUAAGUCAGUUCCUGCCUUGGAGAUGAAGAUUAAGAAGCUUAUGCCAAUGGAUGCAGACUCUCGCAGAUUGAUUGAUUGGAUGGAGAAAGGUGUUUAUGAUGCGUUGCAGAAGAAAUACCUGAAAACGCUGUUGUUCUGCGUUUGUGAAGCAAUAGGUGGUCCUAUGAUUGAGGAAUAUGCUUUUUCUUUCAGUUAUUCAAACUCUGAUAGCCAAGAGGUUAUGAUGAAUAUUAAUCGCACUGGAAACAAGAAACAGGGAGGGGCAUUCAAGUGCAAUUCAACGGCUGAAGUUACUCCCAAUCAGAUGAGGAGCUCUGCUUGCAAAAUGGUCCGGACGCUUGUUCAAUUGAUGAGAACUCUGGAUAGGAUGCCUGAGGAGCGCACUAUAUUGAUGAAACUUCUUUACUAUGAUGACGUGACGCCAGCGGAUUAUGAGCCUCCAUUCUUCAAAAGCUGCACAGUAGAAGAAGCUCAAAAUCCAUGGGCCAAAAGCCCUUUGAAAAUGGAGGUUGGAAACGUCAACAGCAAGCAUUUUGUGCUAGCAUUAAAGGUAAAGAGUGUGCUUGAUCCUUGUGAGGAUGAAAAUGAAGAUGUUCAAGAAGAUGUAAGCCUGGGGGCUGAUUCCGUAGAAAGAGAUGAGUAUUCAGAAUCUGACACUGAGGUUAAUCAGUCACAACAGGACCAAUUUGUAGUUCAACGAAUAGAAAAGCAACAGCCAAACGAAGAUAAUGGCAUGGAUGAUGAAGAUGAUACACAGGAUCCAACAGAAGACGAAGAUCAAUUAAGCCGCAUAAAAGACUGGAUCACGUCUCGCCACCUUGAUACUGUUGAACUGACUGAUGUUCUCUCAAAUUUCCCUGACGUCUCAGUGGUUUUGAUUGAAGAAAUUAUGGACAGGCUUGUCAAAGAAGGCAUUUUGUCAAAAACUGGAAGGGAUACUUACACCAGAAAGAAAUUUGAUUAUGAAUUCGAUGCUGUGAAAGAAGAAAUUGAUGGUCAAUCAGUUACUAAUGAUGGGAAAGCUCCCCAGAGUAGGUGUGAGGAUCACAUGUACAUGAAGGCAUUGUAUCAUGCACUUCCAAUGAACUACAUCACAGUUGCAAAGCUUCAGAACAAGCUUGAAGGAGAGGCUAAUCAAGCAACAGCGCGCAAACUCAUAGAUAGAAUGGCCCAAGAUGGAUUUGUUGAAGGCCAAAGCAACCGAAGAUUAGGCAAGCGUGUGAUACAUUCUGAUCGAACUGAGAAAAAGCUACUUGAAAUCAAGAAAGCUUUAGACAAAGAAGCAAUGGAUGUAGAUAUUGCUGAGCCACGUAACAAGUCUCUCCAGCAUGACUCUCACACAAUGGGAAGCAGUCGCAGGGACUUGUCCACCUGUGGCGCCCUCCACUCAAUUGGAUCAGAUCUCACUCGCAUGAAGGGUGGAUCUGAUUUACACCAAAAUGGUUCCCUUAGAAGUGAGCAAACUAUUUCAAAGACAAGGGAACCAGGGAACACCCCAACGAGCAGGCUUGAGCCUGUGGCUUCAAGAGAGAGCUUUGCUCGAGGGAAUGAGAACAGCAGGGCAAAUGGAAACAGCGACACUUGUGAAGAGGCAGACAGGAUUAUUUGUAGCGGAGGCUCCACACAAGACAAGCGAUCUCGGAAAGCAAGCACGGUAAAAGAGCCGAUCAUUCAAUUUACAAAGCGCCAGAAAUCUCAAGCUCCCUGAAAAGCUUUUGUGGAAUGGAUCCGAAAGGUCCUUCGAGUAACCGGGACUAGCCUCCUAGUGUUGGGAGCGUGGUGGUUGGUUUAAUGCGUAGAGUACUUGUGUAAGUACUUGAACUGUAAUAGGGUUGUCGUUUUGGGUAUUGCUGGCUCCCUGGGUUAUGUUUUGUAAUAUGAAGCUUAGACUCUAUUUGUAUAGACUCUAGUAUGGUACGAUGUAUGUAUGGAAUGAACUUUUC